AUCAUUUUCUUUGCCUGCCUAAGACUUUUGUACAGUACUGUAUCUUUAUGUAUGUUCAUAGGCACAAGCUGUAUGCAGGUCAGUUUGCCUGUUUAGCUCCUCCCCUUUGCACACUACAGCUCCCACGCUACCAUAUGCCUUUGCUGCAAACUUCCUGUUGGUUCUGUAACUGCAAGGCUUCUCUUUUAUUAGUAAAGACAUGCAAGCACCAACAGAUACCCAGUGAAGUAAACUGUCUUUCUCAACCAAGCGUGGCUGCGUGGAGUAACAGUCACAUGCAGAAGCAUAUAAUCCUAUAGGUGCACAAAAACAAGUACAGAUCUGUAGGCAAACAGACAAACUGCUCAUAACUGCGGUCAGGAAAGAGGAAGUUGAGUGUGCAGCUAAAACUUGCAGAACAUCCGCCAGGCAGUGAAAGACAGACAGAGCAGAGGAGCACAGAAAGAGCACAAAGACAAGCAGUGGGAGCAACGGAGCCUCCUUUUGACCCGAGAUGGACCUGUGGAGGCAGUGUGCAGCGUGGCUCAUUCAGUGCCGGGUCCUGCCUGAAAAGCACCGGGUCACCUGUGACAGUGCCCAGGUGUGCGAGCUGGUCCACGCACUGCGGGAUGGUGUUCUCCUCUGUCAACUGCUCAACAACUUGCGUCCGCUGUCCAUCAACCUGAGGGACAUCAAUCUGCGACCACAAAUGUCACAGUUCCUUUGCCUGAAGAACAUCAGGACCUUCCUGAAUGCCUGCCAGGAAUCCUUUGGGCUGAAGAAGAAUGAGCUCUUUGAAGCUUUUGACCUGUUUGAUGUGCGGGACUUUGCUAAGGUCAUCGAUACACUGUCCAUUCUAUCAUACACAUCAAUUGCAAUUGAACGUGGAAUACAGCCGUUUCCUGUUGAGGGUAGUGUUCCAGAUGAAGAAAUCUACAGUGGUCUUUCUGACCAGAUAGAUGACACAGCAGAUGAAGAUGAUGACCUUUAUGACUGUGUGGAGGAUGAGGCCAAUGAGGGGGACGAGAUUUAUGAGCACCUGAUGCAAGUGGACGCCCCCCAGGAAGUGCAGCAGAAGAUGAGCGAGGUGGAUAAGAGGGGCUGCUGCCUACAGGAGAUCAAACAGACAGAGGAGAAAUACACAGACACGUUGGAGUCCAUUUUAAAGCACUUCAUGAAGCCACUUCAACGUUUCCUACAGCCACAAGACUUGGAGAACAUUUUCAUCAACAUUGAGGAGCUUGCUGAGACUCACCACAGCUUGCUGGAAGAGAUCCGAAACUCCAUCCAGUUGUAUGGGGCAGAGAACCUUUACCAGAUCUUCAUCAAAUACAAAGAGAGGUUAUUACUUUAUGGACGCUAUUGUAGUCAAGUAGAAUCAGCUACAAAGCACUUGGAUAAGAUGGCCAAUAUGAAGGAGGAUGUUCGAAUGAAGUUAGAGGAGUGCUCCAAAAGAGCAAACAGUGGAAGAUUUUCUCUUCGAGAUCUUCUAAUGGUUCCCAUGCAGAGGGUCUUGAAAUACCAUCUUCUUUUACAGGAGCUUGUGAAGCACACCUCCAACCCAUCUGAGAAGGAGAACCUGCGUACUGCCCUCGAUGCCAUGAGAGACUUAGCACAAUGUGUCAAUGAAGUUAAACGGGACAAUGAAAUCAUUCGCCAGAUCACCACAUUCCAGCUAUCCAUUGAGAACAUGACCCAGUCUCUGGCUCUCUUUGGUCGCCCCAAGAUAGAUGGCGAGCUGAAGAUCUCCAGCAUAGAGAAGAGGUCCAAGCAAGACAGGUAUGCUUUCCUGUUUGACAAAGCUAUGCUGGUGUGUAAAAAAAAGAGUGGAGAUACCAUGGAGCUGAAGGAGCUCAUCGAACUACGCAACUAUCAGCUCCGUGAUGAGACCAUGGGCGAGAAGGAAAACAAGAAGUGGUCCUACAUGUUCUAUCUGAUAGAUUCAUAUGGACAGUACAGUUUUGAUCUCUACUUCAAAACCAAAGAACUGAAGAAAAAAUGGCUGGAGCAGUUUCAAAUGGCUCUGUCAAACAUGUUUCCAGAGAACAACACAGCCAACAGUCAUGAUUUCCAGAUGUACUGCUUUGAGGAGACCACAUCCUGCAGGGCAUGUCAAAUGCUACUUAGAGGGAUCUUCUUCCAGGGCUACCAAUGCACUCGUUGUAAGGCACCAGCACACAAGGAGUGUUUAGGGCGUGUUGCUCCCUGUGGGAAAAACUCAGAGCUCUCUGGCACCAUGAGAAAGGACAAGAACCAGCGAUCUGUCACAGGCAGAUCAGCUGACCCAGGGUUGCCAAAGAUGGAGGUAUGGCAGGAAUACUAUGGACUUCCCCCGCCCCCAGUUGGGUUUGGUCAACCCCUCCACCUCUCAAUGGGUGACAUCAUAGAGCUAACCCGAGCAGAUGUGGAGUUGCAGUGGUGGGAGGGCCGAAACAUAGCAGUGGCAGAGAUGGGCUGGUUUCCUUGUUCUAAAGUUCGGCCAUAUGUCCCUAAACCUACGCCAGACCUGACAGACUUUCCAUGGUUUGCUGGCAACAUGGACCGCACUGCAGCCAAGAAUUUGCUGAUGUCUCGUUCUGAUGGAACCUACUUGGUCCGACAAAAGGACGGAGGAGAGUUUGCCAUCAGUAUCAAAUUCAAGGUGGAAGUUAAACACAUCAAGAUAACAUCAACAGAGGGGCUAUACCGCAUCAACGAGAAGAAGGCCUUCAAAGGCCUGAUUGACCUGGUGCAGUUUUAUCAGCAAAAUACACUCAGGGAGUGCUUCAAGGGCCUGGACACUACCCUGCAGUUCCCUUAUAAGGAACCAGAAAAGAACACUACCCCACCCACCCCUGAGGGCAGUGUGCGUUACUUUGGUACGGCCAGAGCACGGUAUGACUUUUCUGCCCGUGAUCGCACAGAGCUCUCAUUGAGAGAGGGAGACACGAUAAAAAUCAUAUCCAAAAAGGCCAGCAACGGGUGGUGGAAAGGCGAAGUCUAUGGCCGGAUUGGACUGUUUCCUGCUAAUUAUGUAGAGGAGGACUAUUCUGACUACUGCUAGCAAAAGCAGCCAUGGGCUGCCACCAAAAACCUGAGAAAAUUCCCCACAGCAGAGGGAACAUGUUCUUGUGUCUAUGUCUGCGCAGACCUCCAAACCCUCACUGAGUCCAAGUCCAGACAGACCUCCAAACCCUCACUUAGUCCAAGCCUACAGACCUCCAACCCUCACUUAGUCCAAGCCCACAGACCUCUAAACCCUCAUUUAGUCCAUGCCUGGGCAGACCUCCAAUCCCUCACUGAGUCCACGCCUACGCAGACCUCCAAUCCCUCACUGAGUCCAAGCCCAGACAGACCUCCAAACCCUCACUGAGUCCAGGCCCAGACAGACCGCCAAACCCUCACUUAGUCCAAGCCCACAGACCUCCAAACCCUCAUUUAGUCCAUGCCUGGGCAGACCUCCAAUCCCUCACUGAGUCCAUGCCUGUGCAGGCCUCCACCCCUCACAAUGUCCAUGCCUGGACAGACCUUCAACUCCUCACUGUGUCCAGUCCUACGCAGACCUCCACUCCUUAGUCCAGGCUUGAAGAUCUCCAGCCUCACAACCUGUUAUAGCCCACCUUUCUCAAGCUCUUGUGUCAUCUACAGAUGUACUGUCUCAGCUCUGUCAUCCACUCAGGAUGCCUCAGCCAUCUGCAGUCCUGCCUCUCUCCAGUUAUAUUCUGUACCCAGUUAGCAGUGGGGUAAAACAAAGGUUACUAACUGUAUGUUUUAAUAAAAAAAAAAACUGACAAAAUGCAUCACUGCCAAAAAACUACAUCUUAGCAACAUUAGAGCAGAUUCCCUCUCACAGGAAGGCUGUCAGCCUGCAGCUGCUGGACUGGAACAUCACCCAGGACUAUGUUCUGACAGAGGUCAACAAGCUGUCUUUCCUGAGAACUCUGUAAACUUUCUGAAUGUACUCAAUAGAACUGGUAUUUCUUUGAACACCCGGCUGCCAAUAAAUGACCCCUAUUUCUCAGAUUA